CUUGCUUAAUUGAAAUGAAAGGAAGAAAAGCAGCUGAUUAGCUAAUAGCUAUGUCAAGUUUAUAUUUGUUAUGACUUAAAUUUGUCAUUAGAAUUUGUGUAUUUUUUUAAUUUGUGCACUAUUAUUGCACAAAAAAAUUGUAAAAUCAUUGGAUUUAUACGUACGUAGCUCUAACAUAAUGUCUGCACACGAGCAAAUGCGAGCUAUGCUGGAUCAAUUGAUGGGAACCGGCCGUGAUGGUGAGAAUAAUAAGUUUAAAGUGCAUUUCACAGAUCCAAGAGUGUGUAAGAGUUUUUUGCUUGCAUGUUGCCCACACGACAUCCUAGCGGCCACUCGGAUGGAUUUGGGUGAAUGUCCCAAGUUGCAUGAUUUAGCCUUAAGAGCUGAUUUUGAAAAUGCUUCCUUGAAGAAAGAUUAUUUCUAUGAUGUGGAUGCGAUGGAACAUCUACAGAAUUUUAUCAACGAGUGUGAUCGUCGUACAGAACAGGCAAAAAGACGUCUUGCGGAUACUCAGGAAGAAUUGAGUGCUGAAGUAGCUGCAAAACUUAAUAAAGUUCACGAGCUUGCUGAACAAAUUGGGAAAAAGUUGGCUCAAGCUGAAAAACAAGGAGCAGAAGGUAAUGUGGAAGAGUCUAUGAAAACUCUUGAGGAGGUGGAAGAAUUUCGAAAGCAAAAAUCAAUGGCUGAGCAAGAGUAUCGAAAUUCGAUGCCUGCUUCAAGUUACCAGCAACAGAAGCUUCGUGUUUGUGAAGUGUGUUCUGCGUAUCUGGGUAUUCAUGAUAACGAUAGGCGUUUAGCCGAUCAUUUCGGUGGGAAACUUCAUCUCGGUUUUAUUACAAUCAGAGAGAAGUUGGAAGAAUUAAAGGCUGCAGUGAGUGAGAAGCGUCAAAAAGGCAGAAUGGAAAGAGACAGAGAUUACGCUAAGGAUGAACGUAGCAGAGAAUGGAACAGAAGCUUUUCAGAAAGGGAACGAAGUCGCAGUCGAGAACGUGCAGCCAGACGCCACAGGUCUCGUUCAAACUCUCGUAAUCGCCACCGUCACAGAUCGAGAUCUCGUUCGACUGAGAGGCGGAAGCACAAGCAUCAUCGUCGAUCCCGUUCGAAGGAACGUCACAGGUCACGAGAGACCGAAAGGAGACAUCGUCGUGAUAGAUCGAGGGAGAAAAGCAAGGAGAAAACUAAAAGGAGUGAUUCUCGUGAACGAAGGCAUUCUACUUCUAAUGACAAAGAAGGAAGCAAUCAUGAAGACUGAUUUUAAUCUUCAUUUCUUUAUGUGUUUAUUAUUAUUUUAAUUAUUUCUUCUCAAACUAUAUCUUGUGUGAAAAAUAAAUAUUUGUUUUGCUUC